CGGCUAUCAUGAAUUUCACCUGACUUGAAACAGGAACCCAAAUAUUCCCCCAAGUUGCUUAGAACUAGUACUAUUGUUUCUAGUUGGCCCUGAGUCCGAGUCGGAGCAUACAAAAGCUCUGAGACGAGCUAGCUGGUUAUAGUAAUUUCCUGUGAUUCCCCACGAAUAUCUCCCCUAGAGCCCCGGUACACCAUGUCCCAUCGGUCUUAUGAAGUGAUCAAAGGAUUCUUCGAGCAAGAAGUUGGCGCUGGUUAUGGCCAAGGCAAGGUACUUCCUGCUCGAUUCGGGCUAAUAGACCCUUCCGAUGAUCGAUGGAAGACAUUCAAGCAAGAGAUUGAUCAGCUUAAUACGUCCUCUCCCGUCGGCACGCAGUACAAGGUAUUUUUCGUGGGCAGACACGGUGAAGGCUUUCACAACGUAGCCGAGGCGAAGUACGGCACACAGAAAAACGGAGACGGAAAUUUGAUCUGGGGACCGGAUCCAGAAUUGACGAUGCUUGGCCAGGAGCAGGCGAAAGCAGCCCAUAACGCAUGGAAACAAGAACGUAAAUUCGAUAUUCCCCUUCCGGGGAAGCUCUACUGCAGUCCUCUCACACGAGCUAUCCAUACGAAUAAGAUAACAUUCGACUCCAUCAUACCGAAAUCGCAGAGAACCAUGAUUAUCGAGAACCUUAGAGAAACAUACGGCGUCCAUACCUGUGAUCGGCGUAGAACGCGCACUUAUAUCGAACAAACUUUCCCUGAUUUCGACAUCGAAGAGGAGCUCGUAGAAGAAGACGAACUAUGGGACUCCCAAGUGAGGGAAACCCACGACGAAAUCGAUGUCCGAAUGAGGGGCGUACUGGACAUGAUUUUUGACAAUGAUCAGGAACAAUUCAUCUCGUUCACUGCCCAUGGGGGCAUCGUUAGUGCAGUGCUGCGGGUCGUGAACCACAAACAAUACAUUUUACCCACUGGAGGGGUUUUAUCGAUGGUUGUUAAGUCAUCUAUAUCUUAGAAUUGCUUGAGGAGUAGUUGGACAAGUGCUACUGAAUCGUACCCUGACAUCGCUUUUGUCCUGCUGGAUCUGAAACACGUUCACACCGUCCACAGCUUACGUGUAUAUUUAGAUUGUAUGCAAGCUUCCACGUGUGAUACCAUAUCCCUUCUCGCUA